UCAGCGGGGCCGAUUUGGACGAGCCGUGUUAUCUAAUCUAAGCGCCACCGCCAUGUUCCGUCGUGCACUCACCGCUGCCCUGCCCAGGUCGUCCUUCGCGCCGUCCAGGCUCUCCUCCUCGUCGCCCCGCCGUGUUCUCCCCGCCGCCCCGUGCGCCGCUCAAUCACCACUCGGACGCAGGAGCCUUGCGACAGCCUCAGCCCCUCGUUCGUGCCCGCAAUGCUCAGCACCGCUCACGACACCCCUGCCGGUCUGCACCAAGUGCUACUGGAUCUCGAACAUUCCUGGCGACAUGACUUACCAUGAAAUGCUUGGGACUCCAUAUGAGCCGAAUCCGUUUGUCGUCGACACUGCAGCCAUCAAGCGACAGCUCAGGCAGCUGCAGACUGUCGUGCACCCCGACCGCUGGGUGGGCAAGGAGCGGGAGAAGCAAGACGCGGCGGCAGUAAUGUCCUCGCGGGUCAACGAAGCGCUUCACCGACUGUCCAAUCCCCUCCGGCGCGUUGAGUACAUCCUCCAGCGCGAGGGCUACCCCAUAGGCGAGAGCGAGAACCUGGAGGACCCAGAGGUGCUCAUGGAGACCAUGGAGAUGCGCGAGGAGAUCGAGGGUGCGGAGUCGAAGGAGGAGGUUGAGCGGGUGCGCGCGACCAAUGCGGAGAAAGUGGAGGAGACUAUGCAAGAGAUCACUGAGCUUGUUGGCCGGAAGGACUGGCCUGCGGCGAAGGUAGCCGCCAUCAAGCUGAAGUAUCUGCAGGGUAUUGAGAAUGCUGCCGCGGCUUGGCCACAUCCGCUGGGUAGUGACCACUGAGCAAUGAUAAUGGUCCAUCUCGACAAAUUCCGGAGUGACAUUGUUCCCACCUAUGUCCAGCCUCCAGCUGAAGUACUACACGGUUGACUGCUGCUAAGGUUGCAUCGAAAUCAGCUCGGGCCUGCAGUCUAGUGCGUCCCCAUUUCAUGACCGACCGACCACAGGCCAAGUCGACCACCCUGCUUUCUGGCCGUGCAGUGUUGUGCAGCGCCGACAGUCAGUGAUCCGGGGCGGUGGAGAUCAAGUCGCGAUGCACGUUGUCUGCGCGGCAGAUUUGCGUUUUUACAUAGUUUCCUGGGCUUCUCCGAUGAUCACUUC